GAGCUGCACGUGGAGUGGGAGUUGCCGAACAAGAUCAAUCCGAACUACUUGCCCCUGCUGAAGUACCACAUCUACAUCGACAACGUCCUGGAGCACGUGAUCGAGGACACGGGUGUGACCAGCUACACGCUCUGGAACUGCAAGAACGGAAAGGUCUACGACAUCGUCGUGCAUGCGGUGAACGCCGCCGGCGAGUCGCGGUACUACCGGGACAACAUCAUCGGGGACCGCUCGCUCCUGAAGCGCACGGACUACUGCGCGCGGUACCCAAGCCGCAUGGCUGAGCCGUACGUGGUGGACAGCGAGUGCCGCCCCGCUUCGUUCUUUCAGCUGAACCCGGAGACCACGUUUGAAAAUUUCGUCCGGAUCGGUUGGACACCCCCCGCGGACACGGGCGGCCGUCCCUUGCUCGGGUACCGCCUGCAGCGCGAGCCGCAGGGGAUCGACGAGGGGCCGACCGGCGGCCGGUGGGAGCACGACCCGCUGGAGUUCUACCACUGGGGGCCGAUGAGCCCCAUUCCGAUUUUCCAGUUGGAAUUUCGGGACAAGAAGGACAUCCAGCUGGGCGACGUUCUGAAAUACCGCGUGUUUGCCAUCAACGGGCAGGGGGGCGGGGAGCGCUUUUACGAGGGCAUCAUUUCCGACUGGGUUACCACACAGUGCUUGGAGAUCCCGGUCAGCGGCCCGACCAGCGUCACGCGCGACGACCCGCCAAUCUCCGACACGCAGAUCGUUUUGAACUGGUACGACGACCCGAACGGUAAGGACCACAGUCGCACUUCGGGCUACAACAUCCACAUCUACGACGACGUGUCCGCUCGCUGGUCCUUCUUGCACAGCACGCACAAUUUCCCGCAGGUGAACACGUACACGGUGACGAACCUGAACCCGAACUACCGCUACGGGUUCCGGUUCUACCGCACCACGCGGACGAACAACGCGACCACGCCCACGGAAUGGAGCUUCAACACGCGCUUCAUCGCGUCCCGACCGGACUUUUCGUUUUUGUACUUGGAGGACAGCAACCUCUUUCUGCAGCUGGCGCCGCCGAAAAACAGCACCGCGGGGGUGGUGUUCAACUACCUCGUCGAGCACGACGGGGGCGAGCUGGAAGACUACUUGCGGGGCUUGGGUCCGAACGUCAACAACAACAGCUUCUACUUCUUGAAGAACACGACCUACGUGAUUCAGGAGCAAGACUACGCCCCGUUUUUGAAGUACACGCAGACGGCCGCGGGGGACCAGGUCGUGAUCGCAGUGCCGCUGACGACGGAGCAGAUUUCCAAGAAAGUUCUCCGGGUGCGGGUGCGGGUCAACAACUCCGAGGGCUUGAGCGAGCCCUCCAUCGUGAAGCGCGUGGUUUUGACUGCGCAGAAGCGGUUCUUCGACGCGUUGGUCCUGCGGAAGAACCAGGAGCAGCUCUUUGCGGACCAAACGACCGUCGAGCAGUUUGACGAGAACCGGAUGCUGAACGUGAUCGACACAGACAAGGCCAGCACGAAGAACCUCCUCUACUCCAGCGCGCAGGCGGAGGCGAUCUUGCCGGAUUUGGAAUCCCGCGGACGCGAGUCACGGUCCGAGCGAGAUGCCGCGGUUGGAUCGCCGUACUCGGUGAACGAACCCAGCGCGCCGAAAAACUUGGCGGAGUUGACGAUCGUACCGAAAAGCGACCGCGUCUUGCUUUCCUGGGGGGAGCUGCCGGACGAGGCGACGAAAAUCACUUUUCUGGAAAAGAAUUACCUCACGUACAACCGCUCGGGGCAGACCUUCCAGUUCCUCGCCCGCUGCGCCGGCGAGGGAGUGAAGGACCAAACCUUCGCGGACACGGAUGUGAUCGCGGGCCAGACGUACGAGUACCGCAUCGUCGUGAUUGACCGGUACUCCGAUUUGGUUCUCCGGGACGAUAUCGAGCAGUUCCGAAGGUUGAAAGCCGCCCUGUACGGCACGGCGGAUCCCAAGGAGCUGAAAGACUACCCUUUCUACCCGAUGCCCGGGAGGAAGGAGGGAGAAAUCAUCACGGUGGUGGCCGGCGAUGUGCCGCAAAAACCGGCGACGCCGACGCGGUGGGAACGGGUCAACGCCACCGCGAUGGUCGUGGGCUGGGCCGCG